UAUUACGAAGUUUAAAAGCGACUGUGAUUGGCUGAGAUGAUGCAUCACACCAAGAGGAAGUUCAGAACAGUUUGUUCAAAGACUUGAUCAAGGAAAAGAAACGAUCACACUGCAGAGGAAGAACGUCAGAGAGACUGAGGAGUCGUCCUGUUGUGAUCCGUGAACAUGGAGAAGCAGAUCACCGUCUGGUUCGGCGCGGGGCUGCUGCUGGCGGGCCUCAACUUCUCUCAAGCUCAAGUUAUACCGACAUAUUUCGAGGUUGGAGGUAAACUCGACCUGAGGCCUACUGUGACUGAGACGAUCACCAACAUCCUGUGGAAGUUUAACGGGAAUGUACUGGCUGAAUGGGUGAAGGAUCAGGUUGAGUUGUUUUAUUAUGAGAAAUAUAAAGACCGCACAACCCUGAACACAACCACUGGAAAGCUGGUGAUCGGAAAGAUGGGCAAAGAUGAUGCGGGUGUGUACACAGUUGAAAUCAACAACAAGGUCCACGGUCAGAGCUAUAAUGCCAAAUGGAUCACCAGAGUGACCAAACCUACAGUUGUGUUCAGACCACUGACAUGUGGCAACGAGUCAGAGAGCUGUUCUGUGACCUGUGAUGGCAAAGAACCUGAGAGUCUGACAGAUGCUGAACCGAUCGAUUACAGCUGGAAGAUCGGAGAGAAAGACUGGAAGAUGAUGAAGAAGGACAUCACCAUCACCAGUGCUGAGACUGAGACAGAAUCUAUCAGAGAAAUCUCCUGUCGGAUGAAGAACCCAGUCAGUCAGGAAGACAGUGAACCAAAGGUAAAUCCACUCUUUAAGUUAAAACCUGAAGUUUGGAAAGUCCACCUAAGACUCUCGCUACAUGCUGUCUUCUGGGUGUUUGUUGGGUGCGUACUGUUGAUACCAAUCGGGAGACUGAUACGUCAACGUCAAGACAAAAAUAGUUCAACCACCUGAUGUACUUGUGAAGAUUAAAGGAAGUCGGCGGUCGAAGUGCUGCUUUGGUUGGAAGACAGUAAAAUAUGAAGGCAAGCUUUUAUUUUUAUUGCAUUUAAAACGGCUACAUUUACAUUUAACCGCUGACUAAAAAGUACGUUGAUAUCCAGCCAUCAGUACUGCUAUCCUUCUAUGCUAUUAAAACUUUUGUGGUUUGUGUGAUGUCUUGUGCUUUUUAGCUUGUUCUCAUCUCAGCUGCUGGAGUUUUAAAGGUCAUUGAUAAGUAAUGAUCAGUACUGUUUGAUCGGUUUUCCAAUGCAAGUUAACGUCCUGUAGUCUGAUCAUGUGUUGGGUCUCUGGGCUAAACACAUUGAGGAACUGAUAGUGGGAAGUAGACGGCUUGGUGAACAUAUGAUGAAACUGUCAUUCUGAGAACAUUUAUUAAAUUGUUUAAUUUGUUCAUCAAUGUUUGUAUUCUGCAUCAAAUAAUAUGUUAUUGGCUGUAAAUCGUAUGAACUGAGCUGAUGUCAUCUGAUCUGCUUUUGUGACGAGUAAAGACAAUAAAAUGAUUGAAGUGA